AUUAUUAUUUCUAGUCGAUUGCAUUUUCACUUCCAUACAUGUAUCAUUAGUCUCUCCUCCAUCGGUCUUUCUCUCUCUAGAUCUCUCACUUUCUCUCUCUAUUUCCCGGAGUGGGUUCAAGGUUUGCUUCGCUGUCUCAGAUCUCAGCGAUUCAAAUCUCUCAAUCGGUUUCUCUCUCGUAGAUCCGAGUUCUGAUCUCGGAGUUCGAUCUCGCCACCAUGGCGGCCGCUAAUGCUCCGAUCAGCAUGAGGGAGGCCCUCACGUUGUCUAGCAUAGGGAUAAAUCCACAGUUCAUCACGUUCACUCAUGUUACCAUGGAAUCCGAUAAGUAUAUAUGCGUUCGGGAGACAUCACCUCAGAACAGUGUCGUAAUUGUUGAUAUGAAUAUGCCAAUGCAGCCCUUGAGGAGACCUAUCACUGCAGACUCGGCCCUUAUGAAUCCCAAUUCCAGAAUUCUGGCCCUCAAAGCUCAACUUCCCGGAACUACUCAGGAUCACUUACAAAUAUUUAACAUUGAGAUGAAGGCAAAAAUGAAAUCACAUCAGAUGCCUGAGCAGGUUGCUUUUUGGAAAUGGAUUACCCCAAAGAUGUUGGGUCUAGUCACACAGACCUCUGUAUAUCACUGGUCCAUUGAAGGUGAUUCUGAACCAGUAAAGAUGUUUGAUAGAACAGCUAAUUUAUCCAACAAUCAGAUAAUUAACUAUCGAUGUGAUCCCACGGAAAAAUGGUUGGUUUUGAUUGGAAUUGCUCCUGGUUCACCUGAGGUAUUUACUUUAUAAUGCUUGUGCUUCUUU